CCUUUCACCUCAAAUUAAUCUUCCUUCCCAUUUAUUCUACAGGUCCUGUGCCUAGGAGUGGCUGUCUAUUGUCUCAGGUCAACAGUUCACAUCCUGUCCAAGCCUUGCUAGAAAGUUUUACUGUCUUAUCUGGCUGUGCAAGCAAAGGAACUACUGGAUUGCCACAAGAAGUUCACGUCCUCAACGUUAGGAGUUCAGAAGAGUCUGGCCACCAUGAAAGAGAGGUUGUUUUGCAUUUGAAUCCAAUUGCUUCGAUGCAUAUUCAUCAGAAACCAUUGGUGUUCCUCCUGAACUCUCCUGUGCCUCUGACAUGGAAAGUGAAAACAGAAAGACUUGCUUUGGGGAUUCAGAGACUUUUCAUUGUUUCAGCAGGCUCCACGGUGCAGUUUGUGAAGGAAGACUUCUCCUUGACAGCAAAGAGAGAAGAGAAACCCCUUCCUCAAGGAAAUAAGCAUCUGUUAGAGUGGGCUGAAAAGGAAUAUGGAGCAGUAACGUCCUUCACUGAAUUUAAAAUAUCCAGGAAUGUUUACAUAAAAGUGGGUGAAGUUCAAUUUUUUCCUACAACAUGCAAUAUAGAAAAGAACUUUAUUUCUUUGAACUACCUUGCCGGAUACCUACAACCAAAGACAGCAGAGGGAUGCAUUGUCUCUAGUGUGGCACAUGAUAGAGAAGUUCAUAUAAUUGAACUUAUUGCACCUGAUUCAAACAGGUAAUAUGCUUUCCAGGUGGAUAUCAUCAUUGACAUCAGACCAUCUCAGCCAGACACCACACUUGUCAGGGAUCUUGUACUUAUUCUCAAGUGCAGAAAGUCUGUCAACUGGGUCAUCAAAUCACAUGACGUGCAGGGAAGAUUGGAAGCCAUCACAUCAAAUGGGGUUGGCUUUGGAAAAGAAACGGAACGCUCUAUGGCAAUGAGUAAAACUAUAGUGUUUGAUAUGCCUUCCUCUCAUGAGAAUUUAAUUGCCUGGGCAUAUGAGCAUGGCUACUACCCAGUUACUACUUAUACAAAAGCACCCCUUGCUAAUAAGUUUCACCUACAGCUCAUGGAUGCAGAAGAAAUGAACGAUGAAGAAGACGAUUUCCUUCCACCAGAGCUGAAGGAACUGCUGCAUGGCAUUAAAGCCCCACGUUUGAACGAAGACAUGCAUUUUGGUUUUCUUCAUGAGAAGAACCAAGGCUCCUUGCCAUCAACCGACACUGUUGACCCAAUCAUGGCCAGUCGUGGUUUUGAACAGCUUCUUCCAAAAGACCCAGAGCCAGAAGAAGUGCAGGGUAGCGUUGAUGUUGCCAUGUCUGUGAUAUGUAAUGAUACAUCCAUGAUGGUAGCUGUAGCAAAAGACUCGCUGGAGGCUAGCGGUUUCGUUGGGACUCAGCUCUCUCUGCUGGAUCCGAGCUGCAGAGCUAAAACAAACAGGACCCAUUUCAUUCUGGAGUCAUCUUUGCAAGAUUGUGGGACCCGACAGAUUCCCUAUCCUUUGGAUAACAUUGUCUAUCUCAACUCUAUUGUUAUCCAGGUGUCACCAUCAUCUGAAGCUAGUGGUUGGCUAGUUGAUUAUGAAGACAUGGAAUCAGGGGAUAAUGGUUUUCCUGGGGACACCGAUGAAUCAGACAUCACCUUUUUCAGCCGGCCUGUCAUUGUUGUGUUCAAUUGCACAUUCCAUCAACCGAGAGAUCCAAGGGUUUCCAAGUUCUGGCCCCCUGAAAUACAUGUUGGCAAUGCCACUUUUGGAAUGGAACUCUACGAGACGGAGCUUUUUCGUACCCCAGUUCAAGGAUUCUUCUCUGUGGCAGACAACAGCCACAUUUUUGUCGAGAUUUCUCUGACAAAGGCUGAGAGAUCCCUGGGCUUUGUAAUCCAAACUUGCUUUAUUUCACCAAAUUCCUAUCCUGAUCGAAUGUCAGAAUUUACCAUUAUUGAAAAUGUUUGUCCUAAAGAUGAGUCUGUAAGAUUCUUCAAUGUUCCGAAAGCUAAUUUUCCUGUCCCGAACACACAGACCGACAAAAAGCGAUUUAGCUUCUUAUUCAAAUCCACAUUCAACAGCUCUCUUCUCUUUCUACACUGUGAGGUGACUUUAUGCACAAAGAAAGAAAAAGAUAUUCCAGGAUUAGCUCAGUGUAUCCUUCCAGAUGAAGCGUGCACCUUUCUUAAUGUUGAUAUGAUCUUUGCAAUGAUGCAGAAUAAGAAAACUUUCACCAAACCUCUUGCUGUGAUAACUAAAGGGAGACCAGAAGAUAAAUCCUCCCACUUGAAUCCUUCUGAAGGAUCACCAUCUGUUGUACACGGCCUGGACACGUUGACAGUUGUGGGAAUUGCCUUUGCAGCUUUUAUGAUAGGCGCGCUGCUAACAGGAGCUUUAUGGUUUAUCUAUUCCCGCACAGGAGAACCAGAAGGAAGACAGCCGGUUCCCACUUCGCCACCACCUUCUGAAAACAGCAGUGCAGGCCACAGCAUCGGCAGCACACAAAGCACCCCCUGUUCCAGCAGCAGCAGGGCCUAA